AUGGCCCGCCCCGCCCCGCCGCGGGGCGCCGCGGGAGAUGCAGUCCGGCCGCACCGGCACCGGGAGACGCGGCCGGGCAGCGGCACCGGGGAGAUGCGCUCGGGGCGCGGCCGGGCACCGGCACCGGGGAGACGCGCUCGGGGAGCGGCCGGGCAGCGGCACCGGGGAGAUGCGCUCGGGGCACGGCCGGGCAGCGGCAGCGGGGAGAUGCGCUCGGGGCGCGGCCGGGCACCGGCACCGGGGAGACGCGGGCCCGGCGAUCUCGGCCCGCAGCAGCCGCCUCAGCAGGCGCGGCCCCGCUCGAACGGCCCCGUCACGGGAGCCGCGGUCCGGCAGCGCCCGCUCCGUUCCCCUCCGAACCGAACUCCUCGGCCACGCCACCGUUGUGAGGGAUCCGCUGUUUUAGCGAGAAUCCCUCCCUUGAAAAUCCCUCCCGCAUCCGCGCCCCACUUUCGGAGAGGCUCGUGUGGCUCGGCGAGGAAGGAGGGGUUUUUGUGAAGUGACAAGGUGGAAAGUGCUCACCCCUCGUUUCACCUUUGGAAAGCACAUGAAUGAUGCAUGCAGGACAACAUCAUGUUCCCAGGACAGCAGGGAGCUGUGUCAGCUUCCUCUGGGUGCUCCUCGUAAUCUUUGGCCUCUGCUUGCCAGCAUCCCUCUGUUCCACUGCUGGCCUUUCCUGAGCUGAAAGGAUUCCUCACUUCAGAAUGUUAAAUUAAUUUUCAUUCAUGUUUCUGUUGGGUUGACAAGGUAAAAUAAUCAAUUGCUAUGACUAAAUCAAGGUUAGAGUUUAUUAAAGCAAUUGGGUGGUAUUGUAUUGCCCAUACAACAAGGAAUUCCACACAAAAAUCAAACAUGCUGGUUCAGCUUCAGUAAGGAUUUCUACAGCAUAAUGGCACACCAGCUGCUUGUGGUUAUUAUAACCCCACUUAUCAGUCUUCCUGUGGGCUCCUUUUAUUUUCUCCAUGUUAGUCUUGCUUAUGAUUAUGUCAUAUUAGUUAAUAAUGUCUCACUCAAGCACCUGACACUUCUUUUCUGCAGUCACUGGUUUUAGCCAAUUUUGUUGCAGGGAUCAGGCCAAACAGCUGAUCCUGUGGUUUACCACAGGCAAAAGGGAACUACUAUUUCAUGCAGAAGAAAACAUGCAAAUUUCUUUGUUGAUAUUUGUAGAUCUGGAUUUCUGUGUUCAGCCAAGGUAUCUGACAGGAAACUUGUCUAGGACUGGGUGUAUAAUGUUCAAAAUUGAAAUGAAGAGGUUUCCUUCACAGAACUCCCUUAGGUGAAAAGAGUAGAUUCUUAUCACUGUCCCCAUUUAAUCUCUAAUCCUGAUUAACAACUGGUUUUGUGAUGCUCAUUUAGUAUGAUAGCAAGUGCUAUCAGUCAUAUUAUGGCUUUUUCAAUUAAUUUAAUAAUUUCCCAUAGGAAUACACAUACAGCGAAUAAUUUCUCAGAAUGUUGGCAGCUUUUCUAAAAUGUUUCAAAUAAAUCACAUUUUCGCCCUUC